AAGGAAAUUUCAAAAAGAGAAAGGGGAAAAAGGAACGUGAUAAUAACCCGUUAUUGUCCCUGAAUAAGAAACCGGUCUUGACGAAUCACCGGUCUUGAAUGUAGGACAGACUUAUUUUCCACUUCAUGCAUAUUACCUUUACUAGAGACUAAAUUUGAGUACAUUUCCCAACUAAUGCAGUCUUCUAGAUGUAGCAUUGCUGAUAUUACCGGAAAACAAAACCGUUGAUAUCAUGUGAUAAACCUUCAACCGCGUAAAUUUGUACUUCAUUUGGGUCUUAAAAGCUUUUAACCACUACACAUAGAUGGCUGGUAAUGGGCGUAUAGUUUGACACAUUGACGGAGGCCGAUUGAAAAUAUAAAUCUGCAUAGUGGUUUUUGGUUUUCGUCAAUCUCGAGGCUACCACUGCCAGUUGUUACUGAAGUUUCUUUGGUGAAGGACGUACAGAGAAGUAAGACAACCGCCCAAUCGCAUUGACCUAGUCAGAAAUUUGAUUGCGGAAGCAUUACAACUCGGCACCGGUGAGUGCGCAUUAUUUAAUUAAGAGCACUUGUUUGCCCGAGAGAUCACCAUGGCUUGGACAAGUUAUCAACUUUCACUGGCUGUUUUGAUGGUUGUUACUGGUUCCAUCAACACCCUCUCCACAAAAUGGGCUGAUAAACUUGAAUCAGAAAACAGUGUUGGGGAUGUACAGCCGUUCAACCAUCCUUUCUUGCAGGCAUGUACUAUGUUCAUUGGAGAAUCCCUAUGUCUCCUGGUGUUUACCAUUUCGCAUUUUGCCAAAAAGAGGAAACAGUCUCAAGCAAAUGAACUGGCUGCUGUUGUUGACAACCCUGUCUGCAGUUUUAAUCCACUCAUUUUCUUCCCACCUGCUAUGCUUGACAUGUUGGCAACAUCGACUAUGUAUGUUGGACUCAAUCUGACAUAUGCUUCCUCAUUCCAAAUGCUGAGAGGUGCUGUCAUUAUUUUCACUGGACUUUUGUCCACAGCUUUCCUAGGGAGGCUUUUAAAAGCGCGUGAAUGGCUUGGAAUGUUAACCGUCAUCAUGGGUCUGAGUGUGGUGGGCGCUUCCGAUUUCAUCUUUGGCUCUGGUAGCAGCAACAACUCAAUCAACAGCAUUAUCACUGGUGAUCUGCUGAUUGUUAUGGCGCAAAUCGUUACAGCCAGCCAAAUGGUAUGGGAAGAGAAAUUUGUUACCAAACACAAUGUGCCAGCGUUGCAGGCUGUCGGCUGGGAGGGUAUUUUUGGCUUUGUAACCCUGUCCCUCUUGCUUAUUCCCAUGUAUUUCCUUCGUGUGGGACCUCCAUUUAGCUCUAAUCCUCGUAUGGUCCUUGAAGAUGCUUUGGAUGGUUUCAUCCAAAUGCGUAAUAACCCAAUGAUUAUUCUCGCCAUGUCAGGUACCGUGAUAAGUAUCGCAUUUUUUAAUUUCGCUGGUGUCAGCGUCACAAAGGAAUUGUCAGCAACCACUCGUAUGGUUCUGGAUUCGGUACGAACGCUUGUUAUUUGGAGCGUGAGUCUAUCUCUUCAAUGGCAACAAUUUUAUUGGCCUCAGAUUAUUGGAUUUGCUUUGCUUGUGAUGGGCAUGGGCUUGUACAACAACAUUAUCAACGCUUCGAUUUGCAAGUGCCGUCGCGGAUCGGACUCGGAGCCACUUUUGGGGGUUAAUGAAGACCAAUCCAUCAAUGAGGAAGAAGGAAGACCUAGUGUUAUCCACUAGUCUCGCGAUAUUUUUUUUUCUUCGUAAAAGUUUCUCUAUAUGCUUUUCUCAAUUCAUAGCGGUAACUCCUCAUAUUUUUUCCCAAACGACGGAAAAUUUGUAAUCGUUUCGUUACUAGUGCAGUCUCGGUCAGCAAAAUUAAUUCGUAUUUUAAAAAAUGAAUUGGGACGAGAAUUAUUUCCUGUUGGUUUCAUAUCGUGGAACUACCAGAUUCUCUUUCAUCGUCUGUCUUUCAUAAAAUGGCGGGUCUUCCUUGAUGAAAAUUAACAAUAGAUUAUCGUGUGUAGGCGA